AUGGCUUCCGCAAAAGUUUCCUGUUCAAGGGAACGUGGAACUCCUCUUGCGUUGCAAGAGGUGAGCUCCAUGGCGGCCUUUGUCAUACAAGGGGGACCGUUGCUGAGAGAGUUGCCUGAAACACAAGUCGGGAAGUUAGGCAGUCUCGUGACCAGCCGGAGCAUUGCAAAGUUCCCUGUCCAGGAAAAUUCCCUCGACUCUUCCAGCACGUGCGUGUGCUUGGUGGCCGCAUUUGUCGGAGCUGCUCUGCUGGCGAGGCGUUUCUCGCUAUCGCGACCACGUGGUGUCAGAGCGUUCUGGAGUGGAAGCCAACAUCUCUCCAGAUCGGCUACAUGUCUCCAUGCCCGCAAGAGAAAGAGGCAUGCGUUUUGGUAUAAUGAAGAUCUUUCGAAGGCCCCUCGCUGGCUGCCCGGCUGGAAAGAAGAGAAGCUCAAACAGACGGAUGAUGACGAUGAUGAGGAAGAACAGAAAGAAGACGCCUUCCCAGAGGGUAGGACGCCAACCGAGUCCCUGCCAAAAUUCAUGACGUACGAGUUUUGGAAGAAGAUGCCCGGAGGCCUGCGGUGUCGCAGUCCGCGAUAUUGGAAGAUGUAUUUCAACGAAGAUGGCACUGCUCCGAAGUACGAUAGAUUCAAGUACCAUUCCCUGGCAGAGGCCAUUGACAUCAUUUUCAGCUUCUACGAAUCGGCACCCAAUGAUGCCCACGAUUCAUCUCUGGAGAUUGCCAUGUUUAUGGCGUUAGAUGCCAAGUACCCGGACCAACAGAUCCGGAUGAAAGUGAAGCUCCCCAAUGGGGCUGGCAAGCAAAAGCGAGUUGCUGUCUUCUGCCCUCCGGCGGAAGAGGAGGAGGCUUUGGAGUCGGGUGCCACCAUUGCCGGCAAGACCCUCCAAGACGAGCUUGUCGCGGAAGAGUUCAAUUUCGACGUACUGAUCGCAAAACCAGCUAUGAUGCCAGCGCUGGCAAAGCUGGGAAAAAUCCUGGGACCCAGGAAGCUGAUGCCUUCACCGAAGUCUGGAACCCUCGUCACAGAUAUCAAAACAGGUAUUGAAGCGUGGGCUUCCGGAGGUACGGUGGAGUUAAGAAACAAUGACAACAUGUUCAUCGGCUGCCCCUUCGCGAAGAUUUCACAGGGGAAGGAAAAGUGCUUGGAGAAUUUGCGGGGCCUCCUUCAGCAGCUUGCUGACAACGCCCCACCAGGUGCCAAGAAACGAGAGGAGUACUUCGCAAGGAUGUUCGUGAAAGGUGACGACUCACCUUCGGUCAGGAUCGAUCCCAAAGAGUUCCCAGACCAUGGCCUGCACACCUAUUGGGACAUCAGCUCAUACUGUGCGCCAGACACAAGCCAUCAUGACCAAGGCUACGAGAAGCCCGUGACAGGUUCUCGCAGGCUGAGCAUUGGAAGGCCGUUGGCAGACUAUGAAGUCUACAGGUCGUACGGGCUUGAGGCAUGUCUCUGCACUGCAUACGGAAGCAUUCUACACGAGACUCUGGCACUUCAGCUGCGUCUCUUGGCCAUGGACUUGGACCCAAUCCUGACUCAUGCCGAAAGCGGUGAUCUGGAUGCUAUGAAAGCAGUCUUGGCGGAUAGCGACAGCGUCAACAAGCGGUUAAAGCUUAGAGAUGCAGACAAAAGGACCGCAUUGCACCGAGCAUGCGCUGCGGGGCACGAGCAGAUUGUCGCGCAUCUCCUCAGCCAUCGUGCCAACCCCAAUGUGGAAGAUGAGGAGGAGUGGACGCCACUACACUCUGCUGCCAGCCGUGGCUCGGCGUCCGUGGCCACUCUGCUGACAGAAGCUGGUGCAGAUUGUGAUGCGACAACGUCUUCGGGAACCAGCGCUCUGCAUUACGCGGCCUCGAAGGGGCACGAUGAGGUGAUCCGGAUUCUGAUUGGGGCAGGUGCCAAGGUGAAUUCGAAGGACCGGAGUGGUGGCUUUCCGCUUUUGAGAGCGGCAGGCGCCGGUCGGCUUCAAGCUUUGAAGAUUCUGCUCGAGGCGCAAGCAGAUCUGAGAUGCAAAGACAAGUCAGGAGACAACGCGUUCCAUGUUGCCAUCAAUGGCCAUCACACAGCGAUUUGUGAGAUACUCUUUGACCGGGACGAAGCGGAGAAGCUAAUGAAGCAAGAGAACGAAGAUGGUAAAACAGCAGCACAAAUGCUUCUGGACCUUGCACCGGCUGAGACUCGAGACAAGAUCAAGUCGAUAUGGAGAGAGAAGAAAGGUGGUUAG